AUGGAGAUGGAGAAGAUGAUGGGGUGGCAGAUCCCGGCGUUUGGGAUGUGGAACUACUGCAAUAAUGAUCUCUCCAUCACGCAGUACUUCGACUCAGCCAUGCAGGCCAGGCUGAUGAAGCGCUGCUGGAACCGCCGCGGCAGCGCCGCCGUCGUGGUUGGCGAGAAAGCAGGCGUCGCCUGCGGGGAACAACAGCUUGUCUUGUUCAGGACCCCUUCUUUUCAACGCAAGCCUGCAGCCCAGAUCAAGGUGAUAAGGAGGGAAGUGGAGGAGCACUGUGACGGCAACGAGUUGCAGGACGGCGGCGGCGUGCAAGCUGACGAAGUUGUUGCAUACCCAAUGAAGCGUAAGGUUAUUAUUAGCAAAGCUGUGGAUGAGGACCUGUACAAAGUGCCCCAACCCCAACCACCGAUGUACCAAAAACCUAGAAAGAUGAGAAAGGUGGUUUGGAGCAUGUGGAUUGGGUGCCUGGGUUUGGACUGCAUUGCCUGA